UUGCUCUCUUCCCCCAAAAGGCCCUCUGCUUAGAAUUUGUAAAGCCACACACUCACACACUCAACUCCUCUCUCCCUGUGUAAAUCUCUCUCUCUCUGUUUUUAUAAUUUUAUACACGACCCUUUUUUGUCCUUAUCAUUUCUGACAACCCCUUCACCUGAAUCCACACAUACAAACACACACACAAAUAUUAUUUUAGUGGGUUGAAAAUUCAAGAACUGGGUCAAAACCCUAGGGUUAUGAAGCAAUAUCCACCCAGUUGGUGAUUAUUCUGUCUCUGAAUGGAGGGAGGCAUUUUCUGAUGGAUUAUGAUGACAAAAUUUCUGAAGGCCAUAAGUCAGCUAAUGCAGAGAAUUCCAAGUCAUCACCCGUGGUGCCUCCAUUUGCUCUUCCCAAGUAUGAUUUUGAUGAUAGCCUACAGGGUGACCUAAGAUUUGAAGGAUUGGUCGAAAAUGAAGUUUUUCUUGGCAUUUCGAGUCAAGAAGACAGCCAGUGGAUUGAGGACUUUUCUAGAGGAAAUAAUGGUAUAGAAUUUAGUUCAUCUGCGACAGAGCCUUGUUCCAUUUCAAGGCAUAACAAUGUUUGGUCAGAGGCAACAUCUUCAGAGUCUGUUGCGAUGCUUCUGAAGUCCGUUGGACAGGAGGAAAGGAUUCAGGGAGAAACUUUGAUUCAGGAGUUGGACACUGGCAAUGAAUUAGGCAAUUUAGCUACAGAAAUGGAGCCUAACUUGAAGAAGGACGAUAAGGUGGAGUCUAUAACUACCUCACAACCUACUGCGACUCCUGAUUCUUUUCUGGAUCGGAGGAAUGUGAAUGCUGUAGAAUCAAAAAAGGAUAAUGUUCCUGUUGAUGGAAGUUCUGGCGUUGUUUCAAUUGUUUCCAGUGUAAUUCUAAGCGAGGCAGAUGAGGGACCAGAUGAUAAAUGUGAUGAUACUACACAUUUGAAAGUUAAUAUUAUAGACCAGCCCGUUGACAAUUUAGAAGGCUGCAACAUUGACCAAGGUUCUGCAGUGACUUCUCAGCUGGGUAAUGUUGAAGUCGGGGCCUGCAACAAAGGUGAAAAGACUAGUGAGCCAAUUCAAAAUCCUCUGGGUGACACCUCAUCUGUGGCUUGUGUAGAUGCUCAUACCUUUGAGGUUGUGAAUAAAGAUGCCGAGUAUUCUGCCUGUACUGGGGUCGAAGUCAGUAUUGUUGAAUUAAAGGAGAACUCUUUCGGCAACCAACCAAACAGUCUGGAAAGACAGAAUGUUGAGGCCGUUGACAUUAAGACAGUAAAUUCUUCCUGUCCAGAGCAUGAUAUGGACUCGGUGGUUGAGAAUGAGAAUUCUGAAAACUGUAGUGGGGGAGUGGCUGUUGCUGAAGCUUCUUCGUUGCUUGCUGCAGACCAUAAAUUUACUGAACAGGUGGAAGGAAGUGGCAUUGAAUAUGCUGAGAAUCCGGAUACAUCUGUAUCUUGCAUUGUCUCUGGAUCACAAUGUGGAAUACAGUUGUCUUCUAAGGAUUCAAGUGAUCUCAGAACAUCUGGAGUCCUUGAGGAUAAUAAUUCUCCUGAAGCACAAACAUCCUCUUUCGUAGUUGGUGGACAUGUGCAGAUGAGCAAAAGUCAUAUUUCCUCUGGGCAGGAAGAUGUCCACCUUUUUGACAAAGAUGUAUCUUCUCUUGGGACAGAAGAUGCAAAGUCACUCACAACAUCCCUGCCUCCUGAUGAAUCUAAUAAAGCAAACAUAGUUCAAGGAGCAGAACUCCUUAAUUCUGCGAGUAAUGAGCGAGGAUCAGAAGUUACAGACGAAAUGAACUUAUCAUCGUGUGGCAUGCCGAUUGAUCCUCCAUUGCUUCACGGGAGCAAGACUACUGCUGAUGGAGCUACUUUUGGUGAGCAAGAGCAUAAGUCACAGGUUGCUAAUUUAUUAGGCACAGAGAGUUCACCACAAGUGUCAGCUGAUCUAGAGCCUUUUAGUUUUCCUGAAUCUGGACAAGCAAGUCGGAUAAAUCAAGAAGCAGGUCCGGAGGGUUCCAAAAAGGUGGAAGCAUGUCCAUCUCUAAUUAGUUCAGAAAUAAAGCUGGUUGACGAUGCUGCACUAGCAGCACAUAAAAGCAAUGAAGAAAUAUAUUUGGAAAGAAGUGCUGAAUUGGCAUCGUCUGAAGUUGCAGAUGCGGUGUUACCAUCAAGCCAAACUCUUGUUCCUGUAGAAUCUGUUCCAGUCUCCAUGCUAGAAUCCUCUACUAUUUCCCAAAAGAAUGACGAUGUUACAGCAACUUCCGGAACAGAAUUAACAGAAAAUCCUAGCACUAAAGUUGAUUCACCUGAGAAGAAUGAAGAUUCUGUUUCUCUUGCUUGCCCGUCAAAAUGCAUUUCAGAUAUUGGGAACAUGGAUGGAGAUGCCUCUGCUAAUUCAUUUGAAGAAAAUGUGUAUACUCCUGCUAUCAUCAGUUGUGCAAAGGCUCCGCUAAGUGAAAAGGAACAGAAAACAAGAACUAUAGAGGUCUCAAUUGGUGAUGUCCAGCAUCCUGAGGCAACAGAUGGUGCUGCUGAAAUGGUUCAAUCUGUUCCAUUGGAUGCUACUUUCAACAAUGGGGAAAUCAGUACUUCUCAGGUUAACAUGUCAACUGGUUUAACAGAGGGAAAAAUCAUGAAGGAUAUGCAAUUAAAUCCUGUUCAGGUUCACGAAAGAUCAACAGAUGUCAAGGAGUAUCCAUCUGAUGGUAAUAUGGGACCUCCCUCUGUUGUCAGUUGUGUAAAGAUUCCGAUAAGUGAAACUGGACAGACGUCGAGAGGCAAAGAUGCCUCAGUCUCCACUGUCCAUCAUUCUGAAGGAACAGCUGGUGCUGGUGAAAAUGUUCAAUCUGCUGCAUUGCAUAUGGAACAUGAUAAUUCCAAUGAAGGGACAAACAUCAGUAUGGAGGUCAGUUCAUCUACUGGUUUAUCUGAAAGCGAAAUCAUCAAGGGUUCACCAUCAUAUCCGAGCAUCCCAGUCAACAAAAUAUCAACUGAUGUUGAGGGAUAUCCUUUAGCAGCUGAUUGCUCUCGGAUAGAUCUUACAAUGCCUGAACAUUCUCUUGAAAAUUCUGAAGGACCUGGACCUAUGUCAGGUAAGAAACGUGCAGGUGCCAGAGGGACCUCUGAGCGGAAAACAAGACUAGGUUCUGUUAAGACAACAGCUAGAACAAAUAGUAGGAAAAGAGGUAUGCAGGAAACACCUUCGAAACAGUUUGACGAAGAUAAAUCAAUGAUGAUCUCAAGUUUACCUGGGAAUAGCAAUGCUGAACUAAGUGGUAUAAAAGUUUGUGGCGCCCUUCCUACUCCCAUGUCUACUAUUCCAGAUUUAAACACUUCAGUUACUCCCGCAUAUUAUCAACAACCUUUCACUGAUACCCAACAAGUGCAAUUGCGAGCACAGAUACUUGUAUAUGGAUCACUAAUGCAAAAUUCCGUACCUGACGAGGCUUGUAUGAUUGCAGCAUUUGGGCCAUCUGAUGGUAGUGGUGGAUGUCUUUGGGAGUGUGCAUGGCGUGCUUGUAGUGAAAGGAUACAAACUCAGAAAUCAGAUGCCAGCAACCUGGAAACCCCUGUGCGAUCAUUCUCUGCAGGUAGCAAAGGUUCGGAUCAACCAGUUAAAAAAAGUAAAAGUUCACGUCAGAGUAAAUCUACUUUACCUGCAGAUAGAGCUAGCAGUAAGGAUAUCCCAUCGCCAGUUGUUAAUCCUAUUAUACCCCUAUCAUCACCUCUUUGGAACGUAUCUACCCCCUCUGGUGUUGGUUUGCAGUCCAGUGGCACAUAUGUUGAUUAUCAUCAGCCAUUUGGUCCCUUGCAGCCUUGUCAGCCCCAAGGUACAAAAGGUUUUGGUGAACAGAACCCCUCUUGGCUUUCUCAGAUUAACUUUCCUGGUCAGUGGGUUGCUACUCCACAAACUUCAUCCCUUGAUGUCAAUGCAUCUGUAUCUUCAAAGUUUUGUACUGAACCAGUAAAACUAACCCCAUCCAAAGUUUCAUCUGUGCCAAGUGACCCUGCCAGAAAGCAAACCCAAUUUUCUGUUUCCACUGGUGGGAGUGCUGGGCUGUCUUCAGGGAUUCAUUUUCAGACUGAUGUAACAAAGACUUCUGUUCUGCCUGGUCAGAUUUGUGAUAAUACUAAACAUAAGAAGAGGAAGAAGGUUUCUGUCAGCAAGAGCCCAGGGCAAAUCCCGUCACUAACUUUAGAUCAGGCAGCAUCUUUAAGUGAUACAAGUAAUCAUAUCUCUAAAAAAGGAACUGCUCCCCAGGCUAUUUUCCAGAAUUCUUUGCUCGCUCCAAGUCUGCCAGAAAUGAGAUCCCCUGCUGUCAAUAAUGCAUCAUCUAUGCCAAAUGCAGCCACAGCUACUUUUUUGGGAUCAACAGGCCGUUCCAGCAACAAUCUACCAGCUGUCUAUCCAUUAGUUUCGAGUGAUCAACCUACGAGAGUGGAUCAGAUUGUGGAUAAGAAUAGUAUAAUGUCAGAGGAAUCACUGAAUGCAGUCGAGGCAGCUAGGUUACAAGCAGAAGGUGCUGCUGCACAUGCUGCUGCUGCAGUCGGAAACUGCAAUGGUGUUUGGAGCCAGCUGAGUAAGCUGAAGAAUUCUGGUUUAAGAUUUGAUGAUGAGACAAAACUUUCUUCUGCAGCUAUGGCAAUAGCUGCAGCUGCUUCUGUUGCAAAGGCUGCAGCUGCAGCAGCCAAACUUGCAUCGAAUAUUGCAAUUGGAGCAAAACUAAUGGCGGAUGAGGUAUCAACCGCAAGUGUAACCAGAAAAGAUCCCCAUAGCACUGGAAUGUCUAUGGCCUGUUCUUCAAAUAGUUCUCUGUUGGCUGGAGAAGGAAAUGUCUCCACUAGUUCAAUUAUUACUGCUGCGAAAGAGACAGUUAAGAAGAGAGUCGAAGCUGCCACAGCUGCCUCAAAGCAUGCUGAAAACUUGGAUGCUAUGGUUAAAGCUGCUGAACUGGCAGCAGAGGCCGUUUCACAAGCCGGAAAAAUUGUUUCUAUUGGCGAUCCCUUGCCUUUGAGUGAGUUGUUAGGCUCUGGUCCUAUGGACUACUGGAGAACUCCCCAGGUAUUUCCUGAACAAGGGGUGAUAGCAGGCAUUGACCAACGGAAAACAUUUGUUCCUGAAAAGCUUGUUCCUGCUCAACCACCAAAAGAUGGAGCAAUUGUUACGGGAGAAGCAGUGGAUCGUGGUACUAUUGCAAGUGUUGGAAAGAACUCAUUGUCUACUCAAAGAGGCCACCGUGCAUCUGACCCUGCUCUUGAUUCAUAUGGGGGAACAAACUCUGAAAUUGUUAAAUCUCGUGAUGCCCAAAGAAUUUCACCACUUACAUCUCUUGAGAAUGUAAUGGUGGAAGGUUGCUUUGUCGAGGUCUUCAAAGAAGGGGGUAAAUAUAAGGCAGCAUGGUAUCCAGCCAAGAUUUUGAAUUCGGAUGACGAGAAAGCUUUUGUCUGUUACACUGAACUCCAAGCAGAUGAUGGGUCAGGGAAACUAAAGGAAUGGGUUCCACUUAAAGGGGAUAACUCCAAGGCACCUAUAAUACGUAUUCCACAUCCUGCAACUAGCAUGUGCUUUGAAAGAAGUAGGAAGAGACGGAGAGCGGCAGUGAUGGACUAUACUUGGUGUGUUGGAGACAGAGUUGACGCGUGGAUGCAAGAUUGCUGGCUUGAGGGAGUUGUGUCUGAGAAGAAAAAUGAUGAAACAACAUUUAAAAUAUCUAUUCCAGCUCUUGGAGGCACUUCAGCUGUUAAAACAUGGAAUCUUCGCCCAACCGUAACUUGGCAGGAUGGAAAGUGGAUAGAGUGCCCCUCUGCAGUUCAGCAGUCCCCUACUCAGGGUGAUACACCACAGGAGAAGCGUGUGAAGUUGGGACAUCCCGCUGUAGAGGCUGCUAAGGUGGACAAGAGUUUAAGAGGCAAUGAUCUCAUGGAAUCAAAGGAGCAUGAUGAAUCAAGACAACUUCCUUUACUAGCUAGUGAAAAAGAAUUUAACAUUGGGAAUAAUACUGGAGAUAUUAAACUUGAUGCUCCAAGAAUUGCAAGGACUGGAUUGCAGAAAGAAGGCUCAAGGGUGGUUUUUGGUGUUCCUAAGCCAGGAAAGAAGCGUAAAUUCAUGGAUGUAAGCAAACAUCUUGACUCUGACCAAUGCAAUAAAAAUGCAAAAACAAGCGAUUUAGUCAAAACUGCAAGAUACUUGCCUCAAGGAAGAGGGGGUGGUCGUGGUUGGAAUAACAAUACUAAAGAUGAUAUCAAAGAAAAGCAAGCUAAAGAAGACAAGGUCAAAGUUAUCAGGUCUGGAGUGGCACAGAAGACUAAUGCUUUGCUAUCUGCCAAAUCUAUGGGGAAAACUGUCAGCAAGGAACAGAACAAUCCAGCUCUGCGGGACCUUAUGGAAUUUGGCUCCGUCUCUAAUUCCCCUUCUGAAGGUCCAACUUCUUCAAAAGGUCCUAGAGUUCCAAAUAAAAGAGUACCCUCUUCAAGUACCAAAACCGUCCUUCUGAAUAAAGGAAAGCAUGCAGCUGGUGGAGAGGUUGAUAAGAAAGUUGAUCCGCAUGUUACUGAGAUUCGAAGAUCAAACCGGAAGAUUCAACCAACAUCACGGCUAUUGGAAGGAUUGCAGAGCUCUCUAAUCGGUUCAAAGAUGCCCUCUGUCCCGCAUGAAAAAGUUCAAAAAAACCUGAACAGAGGUGACAGUAGCAGCCAUGGCUGAGCUUCUAUGGAUGAGGAAAGGUCUAGAUUGGCACAUCUGAAGUUCACUGGAUUCCGAAGGCAAUGAUUUCAUGUCUGGAGGAUAGAAUUGAGACCGUGCUCUGCUGCUUCAGCUGUAGAAUCUAGACCGUAGAUAUUUAUAAGUUAUCAUAAUUUGAUUCCUUACAGAUCUUCAAGACUUUACUCCGUUAGCCUGUACUGUAUAUGGAAUCAUGGAUAAUCACCCUUGAUGGAUGAAGAUGGAGACUUGUAUGCAGUCCUUAAUUUAGUAUUCUUUUUUCCUAA